AUGGAAUACGGACGGCUUGUAGUGCUUGGUUACAGUAGCUACCGCGUGGACAUGGUGCAGCGUCCUUGUAAUGGCAAUUUCGAGCUAUCGUCGCCGACGUUUGGACUUGCAGAGGCUGCUUCAUCGGACGCUGCGGCAUUGUCGACCUCUGAACUAGCUUCAUCUUCAUCUUCGACAUCUUUUGCAAGUCGCAAGCGCUUGUUUUGGAAACCGCUGGGUGGUCAAAAUGCGCACUUUGUGCUUGAAAAACGCUCACAGGCCAAUGGCGUUCGUUUGCAUCGUUUUCAUCACGUCGUCCCUGUCGCCGAGUUCCAAAAGCAGCGUCAAGGAGGCUCAAGAGAUAUUAAGAGCGUCACCACGCGCAUUAUGGAUCGGAUUGAGGCAGCAGGAAGCUGCGUAAGUGACGAUAUUCAAACGCAGAAAAACGGGAGUUCUCCUAUCGUGUCGUAUCAAAUGUGCAUUCCAAUGAACGACAAGGACCCAUUUGCUAGUGUAACCGAGUUCCAUGCAGACACUAGUGCUGACAUGUUCCAGAUAGGUAGGAUGCCCUGUCGACAUAACGAUUUUGUGAUCCCAGGACCGAGAGUUGGAGCAUCUGGGACCAUCUCGCGGUAUGCGGCGAGGAUUGUGUGCUCACGAGAUCCGCCGUUUGAGUGUCGUCUAUUUGCUGGAGGGUUUGAUGCUGCUCGACGUAUGAGCACUGCAGGCAAUGCAUUGAAAUAUUGUGCACGUUGUGGGUUAUGGUCGAAAAGUGUAGGCACCGAUCACACAUGUGUGAUGCAGAAGCUGAUGGAAGACGUGAGAGAAGACACUAGGGACCAAGACAUGUUGAGUCUUACGAAAAGUAGUAGCAACCGAUCAAGGGGUGAUGACGUGGUACAUUAUAUUGAAGACACAAGAGAAGAUGGAUUACUCGAGCACUUGGCAUUAGUUGUACAAAAAUCAAGUCAAUUACCACUGGAUGGGCUGACAAAGAAUGGGGUGCGAAUGUGGCUUCCUGAACAAAAGCAGUGGUUUGAGGUAUCGGUGAAUGGUAGUCUCUUUGCAAUUGAAUCUCGUGCGGUGGAUGAGAAGGCCUCUUUAUUAAGCUCCAGGUCAAAUGGCACUGAUCGCCGUUGCCAUGACGACAGAGCCCCACGGUCGCGGAGUGGUGCAUUCAACCGUCCAACUGGUAGCGCAGAAAAUUUGGCUCCAAUAUUGACUGACGGCACUAUCAUUGACCUGGGUGGCGUUCAAUUACAAUUUCAAACCAGCUACCAGUCGGAGCUCGAAGCUAAGACUGAGAACAGCCAACUCUUGGAGGCGCCCGUGCUCUACAGUCGAACGACGCUGUCCUCGAUUAGAACGCAGCUCGAGCGGCUUAAUGUCCACUGUCCCGUUCAACUAGACUCGCUGCGUUUUACCCGUGCGGCUCCGGGUGAAGAGGUCCCGCUAAACACGAUUCCUCAUGUGUUUCCAGCAUGUGGGCACGUUUUGGGUUAUGAAAAACGAAUUGCUAGUGUGCACAUAUGUCCUCUGUGUAGGACCCCAGGGUCGCUGGUGCAGCUGCUGUUUAAAGAGAACUCGCAAUUGCAGUCAGUGGAAGAGCAGCACGCAAUUCCUGAAUGCGUAUUUAACCCGUGUGGACACGCUAUUAGCAGCAAGCUUGCACAUCACUACUCAACGUUACUCAUGCCUAAUGGCCGGGCAAUCUGCCCGUUUUGCGCAAUGCACCUUGAUCUGCGCGUGCCAUUCUCGAGGCUCUACCUUUACUAUAACUCGGAUUAA